GGUUAGGUUAGGACACCUCUUUGAAUUUCAUCGAGUAAUAAUCGCUUUUCUCAAAUUUAAAGUUGUCCGCGCUUUAGACAUAACAAUUUGAGAACCUUGGUAUUGUUUGUCAUUUCUGGCUGCGAUAAAAAAUUGUGCACGCGAAACGCAUCUGAUAUUUUUGCAGCCUUGAUUGUUUAUAAAUUGUGUUCAUCCGCCGUAACCAGCAUGGCGUCAGCGUCGGUUGCGAGGGGUGAGGCUUGUGGUGUUUUGGGGUCAAUUUUGCCAGCUUUAAAUGGUGAUUCUACUAUGAGUUCAUCAAAGCUGUUCAUUCUGGUGGGGGCAGCGGCACUGCUGGUUGGGGAGGUUGCAACCGACAUUGGUGGGCCACCUCCAUUCCCCGGAGGCGUCACUCCCAAAGUGCCGGAGAAUGUCGAGAGCGGUAUAAACCGGGUCCGCAACAGCUUCUUCGCUCAGUGCCGAGAGCAGGGUGUGCGAGACCCGGAGGCCCUGGUGGAAGACGUCGGGAACAGCGCCCAACGGUGCAUCGAGGACAAUCUGAACAUGACGGAAAUCCAAGAGGAUAUCGCGCAGCACAUGAAGAACGGCGACUUGGACAAGCUGUUCUCGGGACGCUGUCGCACCCUGCCACCGAUCAUCUACAGCUGCGCCGAGAUUCAGCUGGCAAAGCUCAGCACCUGUCUCAACGAAACUGAGCGCGCCAAAGACUAUCCUGGCCACAUGAUGAACGGUUUGCGCGCCGCCAUCGACUUCCUCUGCUUCCAGGACGGUGAGCGUAUCGCCAUCUUCCUGGGGGACAAGGGCCAGGAGUGUGUGUCGGCCAACGCCACACGUGACAGCGUGCAGGGCUGUCUCAAAUCGCACAAUCUGACCGAGCACGUGUCUGAGCAGUUCGGCAGCCUGACAUACGGCUUCACCCCUGACAACUGCGACAGGCUGUUCGUCGCUCACGACUGCGUGGUGGACGGUCUGCGACUCUGCGAGGACAGCACGCCCUCCAACGUCGUGGACAGCCUGCUGCUGGCCUUCGAGAAGCCGCUGCCGUGCAAGCGGGCGACGGCGGGCGUCGGUCAGCCGCCGCUGGCCGACUGGGCCGUGCUACUGCUCAGCUGGGCCGUGGCGCUUCUGCUCGGCAGACUCCGGUAGUGGAGCCGACCCCCGCCGUUCACUCACGGCCGGGCGACCGGUGCGCUGGCUCCAGGGGCCCCAGCUGGCGGUAUCCACCGGAUCCGUGUUCGGCUUUGAGCUUAGAUCACUGUGCUGCUUGGCAAUGAGGUUUACUGCCAGUCGGGCUUCAGAUGAACUACCAGUCUCAUACCAGAGGAAUGUCAUUCGCUGGGGCUGAAUGGCCGAAGUUCAUCACGAAUUUGAAUAUAUCUCACCCAACCCGGUACACAACGGUCAACAAAGAACUUUCGCCGGCCCUGACAAGCGUCCUUCGCUGGCAAACAAGCCCUGACGUCACGCUGACUCAGUAGGCGGCAUCAGUAACGCGUCGGCAUUCGGUGAUGAGUCACGCCUAGCUUUGCGCCACCUGCAACUAGACAUUCCUCAGACAGAUCGCGGUGCCAGAUGGCUUGUGCGUUAUCGUGAGUACUUGGCAAGACUCGAUGCAGGGGAAAUAUGUCACAUACCCUGUUUUGUUACGAAGUGCUUAUCCUUGCUGUUUCUGAUGUCCACCAUUGCUAGAGCUGAUCUGAAGAAUACAGCUUAAAAUGUGUCGGUGCAUCCCCCUUCGCUGUAAUGCACCUAAUGUACUUAGAUUCUUUUUUCCCGUGCGAUCCUGUACUUACCUGGCGAUAAUGCUACGUGCGAUCAUGAUAUUCUUAUGCCUCCUUUUAUUCGACUGCGCAUCAUGGAUGGGGUGUACUGACCACAUAGUUAUUAGUGUUGGUUCAGUGACCUGCCUUUGUCGAGCGCCACUAACGUGAGUCUCCCGUUUCCUUCCACCCACCCAGCCCGCGGGUCUCGCUCUGCGCCCACCAAAGUAGUACGUGCAGUGUAGGCGUUUGUGCUGGAUUUGUACAGCUCUGUGAUAUCCCGGUGAUUGACCGUGGCGAGUGUGCGGUGGAGCGUGUCUGUAAAUUGUGAAACGAUCUGUGGGAAAACCGGCACCAAUGAGUGCGCCUCGAAGGAUAGGUAUAGUUUGAAUACUCGGGUGGUCGGCAGUUUUCAGUUAUUUUCGCCAUGCGUCGGCGAGUUGUGCUAUCAAACUUUAAUUAUUAUUUUGAAGCCACCAUUACCGAUGUCUGUCUAUACAUUAAGAUAUGUGGAGCUGCUUCUAUGCACGGUGUUAGACAAGAACUUAGAGCAAUUAUUUAUUCGUGUUUAUUUGUCUAUACUAUACAACAUUCUAGUCGCCACUGUUCUUGCAUAUUGCUAGGUCUAUAUUCGCGAUUAUAUACCGUUAGCAAUACACAGUCGCCAUGA